AUGUAUAGAACAUUUUUAUUUCUGUUUGCUUGGACUCAAAUCGUUACUGGCCAAGUUAAUGAAUACAAUGAUCUGCAACCAGUGGGCACUUCCUUAGGUGAACAUGUUCCAAGUGCCAGCAAAGGGGCGACAGACUUACUAGGUGAUGGUACAAAAGCAGGAACCUUAGGCCUAGCAACAAUAAUGGGCAUCAGCAAAACGAUGACUUCUGGAGCUAUGCAAAAAGAAGAUUCUGUUGCUAUCGGAAAAAAGACUGGUGCAACUGGUAAUGCUUGGGGAAGUACUGUGGCCCAAAUGCCAGCUCAUGGAGCACAAGCUUUAUCUGGUUUGGUAAAUACAGGCCUGGAUUUUGGUCAGGGUUGGUUGAAUUUCGGAAAACAAUCAGCAUCUGGUCUAGAUUUUCAAGGCGGUAAAACAGCUGGAGGACAAUUUAGUACUGAUGAUUCAAACAACAAUUUUACACAAAAUUAUUUAAUAAAUCAAGGUGAAAAUACCUCUGAACUACCAGGCAACUAUACUAUGAGUGGUUUAAAUAACACUUUGGGUGAUGAUUACAUUGAUUAUCAAUAUAAUGAUAUAGUACCGGUAGGCCAGUCUUUGGAAAAAAAUAUUCCAAGUUCAAGCAAAGGUUUCACUGAUCUGUUGGGUCAAGGUACAAGUGCUAGCACUUCAGGCGUAGCUGCAAUGGUGGCUAUUACCCAUUUGAUAACUGCCGGAGCAUUACAGCAAGACAAUGCACUUGCAGCUGCUGAUCAUGCAGGCGAAAUAGGCAAUGUUGGAGGUAGCACAUUGGCUCAAAUGCCUGCUACAGGUGCCAAAGCUUUAGCAUCGGCAGCAGGUGUAGGACUCGAUUUUAGUCAAGGAAAUCUAAAUGAAUUCAAGAUGAUUUCAUCGGGUUUGGAUAUGCAAGGUGGUAAAUCAAAUUCUGAAAACUCAUCUAAAAAAGAUGACACAUCCAAUAAACGUGACAAUGAAAACGCCGUAAACACGAAAAGAAGUAAAAUUAUUCCAAUACCAGAUUCAAUAAAAGACAAGCUUAAUAUUAAUACUAUACUCCAUCCUUUAAAUGCUACUGCUAGCAAUAUUAUUAAAGAAGUUACAGAUUUCAAGAACGAAUAUUUUCCACCAAAUUAUAUCACAAAUACUACUAGUAGUUGCAAUAUCAACAACACAACGGAUAUACCUAAUAAUCUAAAUUGGACAAGCACCAAAUAUACCAAUGUAUACAAUCCUGAUUACCCGAGUAAGGUAUCAGGAAAUAACAGAACAGGUAUAUUUAUAGAUGAUCCAAGUUUACCACCAGCUGGACCUGAUGGGAACCGAAACGUAACAAUGAGCACACAGAGAGAAAACAAACAAACAGAAAGAUCCUCAGAUGCGCAAAUUCCUGAAAAUUUUCCGGAUAUGUCAGAUCAAAAUUUUAAUAUAAAAAAUAUUAACAAUCCAAAAUUUCGUAAUGAUAAAUUCAAGAAAAAACAUUUUCGAAAUCGCAUAGACCGUAUAAAAAUUAACGAUAAACGUUAUAAACACUUCGAUCAUGAAGAGCAAACGCGUCCAAAUGGACAUGAAGGUAAAGAUAAAAAUUAUAAAGAAGACAAAGAGAGUUUGCAAAAUGACUCAGAAGAAACUAGUAUGUCAAGCAUUGACUACAAAUAUUCGAAAAAUAUAUUGAAUAAUAAUAAUAAUCUAAUAAAUGCGCACAAUAAUGAACAAGACACCCUUGGCAACACCAAGAAUGCAAAGAAGCAUUUUUUUCGCAACAGGCAAAAGAAAAAAUUUCGAAAAAAGAAACAACGCGAAAUUAACUCAAGAGACUUUGUCAAAAAGCAUCCUGUUGGGGCAAGUAUUCAACAACUUCAACAUAAACGGAAUAGAAGAGAUUUUACUCAAUAA